AUGUCGUCCUCCACCACUACCUCCGCCGCCGCCGCAGCUCUCACCCGUAAUGAGACCUUGAGCCUGGGCGCCCUCUCUUUCGCCGCAGUCGCCGUCCUCCUCAACACCUUCCAGGGCGACGGCGAGCCCCUGAUAGCGUCCCUGGCCCUGUCCGUCCUCGCCUUCGCCCUCGCCUACUCCAUGAUCCGCUGGCUCGGCCCAGUCUUCAAGCGCGCCGGUUUCCGGGGUCGCGACCUCUCCAAGCACCACCGCCCCGAGCUGCCCGAGUGCAUGGGCGCCGUAUGCGCCGCCGUGUACCUGCUGGUCGUCAUCGUCUUCAUCCCCUUUCCCUUUUACAAGGACAUCGUCGCCGCCACUAGCGGUGGGGGGAACAGGGACGUCGUCUACCACCUCGAGCAUGUCCAGCAGGGCCGCUUCCUGCACCGCUUCCCUCAUAGCAAGCUUGCUUCGUACCUCUCGGCCAUCAUCUCCCUCCAGACCAUCGCCCUCCUCGGCAUCGGCGACGACCUCUUCGAUAUCCGCUGGCGGCACAAGUGGUGGAUACCCGGCCUGGCCUCCGUUCCGAUCCUCGUCAUCUACUUUGUCGACUUCGGCGUCACCUCCAUCGUUAUCCCGAUCCCCCUCCAGCCCUACCUUGGCGAGCUCUUUGACCUCGGUGUCCUCUACUACGCCUAUAUGGCCUGUAUCGCAAUGUUCUGCCCGCAGUCCAUCAACAUGCUCGCUGGCAUCAACGGCAUCGAGGUCUCCCAGUGCAUCGUCGUCUCCCUGCUCCUCGUCCUCAACGACUGUCUCUACCUCCUCACCCCCUACCCUCACCCAGCCACCGAUUCCCACCUCUUCUCCCUCUUCCUCCUCCUCCCCUGGCUCGGCGUCUCCCUCGCCCUCGUCCUCCACAACUGGUACCCCGCCAAGGUCUUCGUCGGUGACACCUACUGUUACUUCUCCGGCAUGGUCUUCGCCACCGUCGGUAUCCUCGGCCACUUCUCCAAGACGCUCGGCCUCCUACUCGUCCCCCAGCUCUUUAACUUCCUCUACUCCACCCCGCAGAUCUUCGGCCUCGUCCCUUGUCCACGCCACCGCCUGCCGCGCUUCGUCGCCCGCACCGGCCUUCUCGAGCCCAGCGUCACCCCCUGGAGCCCCGAGCGCCAGCCGCACCCGCUCGUCGCCCGCGCCCUGCACCUCCUCGCCAGGUUGCGCCUGCUGAGUGUCACUACUGACGACAAGGGCCGCUUCGUCGAGACGAGCAACCUCACCCUCCUUAACCUCUGGCUUGUCUGGCGUGGCCCCCUGCGCGAGGACCGCCUCGCCUGGGAGGUCACCUUCCUCCAGCUCUUCGUUGGUCUUUUCGGCCUCUUCGUCCGACACCGCCUCGCCCUGCUCAUCUUUAAGGAGGAUAACUGGGGCAUGACGACCAAGAGAUACUGA